CCGGUACUGGAUCUGGAGGCGCGCGCGGCGGUUCUGUAGGUUCUGGAGGAUCUGGUGGGCUCGUGAUCUUUAAGAAUCGCUACAGUAACGAUCUGGCUCUAACUGAGAGAAUAAUCCCGGGAUACUACAGUAAAGUGGAGAUACGAGCUCAUGGCUGCUGGACUGGACCGGUUCUGCGGCUCCACUUUCUGGAAUGCCUCUCUUCUGAACCGGACUGAUCCGGAUCUGACUGUGUGUGUGGAGAGGACGGUUCUGGUUUGGGUUCCGCUGGGGUUCCUGUGGAUUUCUGUUCCUUGGCAGCUGAACAUCCUCUUCAAGAAGAACUCGCCAAAAACUCAUAUCUCCAAACUCUACAUCAGCAAGCAGGUUCUGGUUUCUCUUCUCUUUCUGAGUGCGGUUGCAGAACUGGCCUCCAGUUUUGGAGAAGAUUACGGUUCUGAGGAACAGAAGAAGAAGAACCCGCCGGUUCUGUUCAUCAACCCCUCGAUCUACGCUGUGUCCUGGCUGCUGGUGAUGUUGGUGCAUGAAGCUGUGAGACGGAGGGAGAAAGCUGUAGAUUCUGGAAGUCUCUUCCUCUUCUGGCUGCUGCAGAUCAUCUGUGAGAUCUUCCCCUUCCAGACCCUCCUGAGAGACGCUCUGAACUCGGAUAAAGUAUUGGAUCCUCCUCAUUUUUAUCUUUUCUACGUCUCCUACGGGCUGAAGCUCGUCGCUCUGAUGCUCUCAGCCAUCGCUGAUGUUCCUCCAGACCUUCGAGAAAUGACUAAAAAGAGUCCAGAGGUUGGAGCUCCGUUUCUCAGCAGGAUUACGUUUAACUGGUUUAACAGGAUGAUCUUCACGGGCUACCGGCGUCCUCUGGUUCAGGAGGACAUGUGGGAGCUGAGUGAGAAGGACAGUACGAACUUCAUCAGUCGGGAGUUUGAGGAGAUGAUGAAGCAGGAGCUGAGGAAAGCUCACAGCCGACUGCAGAAGAAGAAGAUGAAGAUGAAGAAGAUCUCCAGACCUGAACAUCAACAGAACGGCCUGAACAAGGGGAUCAGUCAGGAUGUUCUGGUUCUGGUGGAUCAGAGUGAAAAGUCAGAGAAGAAGAGUAAAAGAGAGAAUAAUCUGGAUUCUGGAGAAGAGGAUUAUCCUCAUUCCUGGCUGAUCCUCAGCAUCGCUAAAACCUUUAAAUGGGUUCUUCUAGAAUCCGCCGUACUAAAACUAGUGCAGGACCUGCUGUCCUUCGUGAGCCCACAGCUCCUCAAGCUUUUAAUCGGCUUUACUCAGGAUAAAUCGGUGUUUACCUGGCGGGGUUACCUGUACGCCUCCCUGCUGCUGAUCGUGGCUAUCGUCCAAUCAGUGUUCCUGCAGCAGUUCACCCAGCGCUGCUUCAAGCUCGGCAUGAGGGUCCGAGCUGCCAUCUCUGCAGCGGUGUAUAAAAAGGCUCUUACGCUUUCGAACGAUGCUCGAAAAGAGUCCACCAUUGGUCAAAUGGUCACACUGAUGUCGGCCGACGCCCAGCGCUUCAACGAGGUCACCAACUUCAUCCACCUGCUGUGGUCGUGUCCGGUGCAGAUCGUCCUCUCCGUUGGGUUCCUCUGGAUCGAGUUGGGUCCUUCGGUUCUGGCUGGACUUUUGGUCAUGAUACUGAUGGUUCCUAUCAAUGGUCUACUCGCCAUCAAGUCCAAGUCCUACCAGGCCAAAUGCAUGAUGUACAAAGACAAGCGCAUGAAAAUGCUGAAUGAAAUCCUGAGUGGCAUCAAGAUCCUGAAGCUGUACGCCUGGGAGCCGUCGUUUGAGGCUCAGGUUCAGGGAUUCAGGAAGCAGGAGCUGGAGGUGAUGAGGAAAUCAGCCUUCCUCUCCUCCGUCUCCACCUUCAUCUUCUUCUGCGCUCCGGCUUUCGUGUCCUUGGCUUCGUUCGCGGUGUUCGUGUCGGUCAGUACAGAUAAUAUCCUGGAUGCUGAGAAAGCGUUCACCUCCAUCUCUCUGUUUAAUAUCCUCCGCACUCCUCUCGGCAUGCUGCCCCUGCUCAUCUCCGCCAUGGUGCAGAUGAGUGUUUCUAACAGAAGGUUGGAGAAGUUCCUGAGCAGAGAGGACCUGAACACCGGCGCGGUGCAGCGGGACCUCAGUUACAGUUCUGCGGUGAGCGUGAGGGACGGUACUUUCUCCUGGAACCGAGACGGAUCGCCGGUUCUGAAGAACGUGUCUCUGCAGGUUAGUCCCGGCGCUCUGGUGGCGGUGGUGGGAGCGGUGGGAUCAGGAAAGUCCUCUCUGGUCUCGGCUCUGCUGGGGGAAAUGCACAGCCUCUCCGGCUCCGUCAAUAUCAAGGGAGACGUGGCGUACGUACCGCUGCAGGCCUGGGUUCAGAACGCCACUCUGAGGGACAACGUCCUGUUCGGUUCUGAUCCGGACGAGCGGAGGUUCUGCAGGGUUCUGGAGGCCUGCGCUCUGGAGCCGGAUCUGGAUCUGCUCCCGGCCGGAGUUCAGACUGAGAUCGGAGAGAAAGGUAUUAAUCUGAGUGGGGGUCAGAAGCAGAGGGUGAGUUUGGCGAGAGCAGUUUAUAGUUCUGCAGAUAUUUACCUGCUGGACGACCCGCUGUCCGCUGUGGACGCCCACGUGGGGAAACACCUGUUUGAGAAGGUGAUCGGACCCAGAGGACUCCUGAAGGACAAGACUCGUAUUCUGGUGACUCACGGGAUCAGCUUCCUGCCGUAUGUAGAUGAGAUCGUGGUGUUGGUGGACGGCGUGGUGUCGGAGGUGGGCUCCUACAGCAGUCUGAGGGCCAGUAAGGGGGCGUUCUCCGAGUUCCUGGAUACUUACGCUAAAGAGGAGGACAGUCAGGACCAGAAUCAGUCGGCUUCAGGUUCUCAGCAGGUCAGUGUGGGCGAGGAACAUCACGACCUGCCGCUCAACAACAUCAAAACUGAGGAUUCAGUCUCUUUACUGCUGAAGAAAGAAAGCGUAAAGCUUGCCUCCAACUCCAACCGUGACUCACAGAACAGGAACGUCCCUCAGAGAAGUGAAGGAGACGCUGAUGAGAGGAAAGGCCGGAGACUGAUCGAGUCCGAGACGGUGCAGACGGGACGGGUGAAGUUCUCGGUGUACCUGCAGUACCUGAGCUCUAUGGGCUGGGGUUACGCCUCCAUGUUCGCUGUGGUUUACUUCAUUCAGAGCUUGGCCUUCAUUGGUCAGAACCUGUGGCUCAGCGAUUGGACCAAUGAUGCUCUACGAUAUCCCAAUGGAAGCUCCUACCCCGCCCACAUUAGAGAUAUGAGGGUGGGGGCAUACGGAGGUCUUGGGGUGGCACAAGGUUUCCUGGUGUUUGUAGGAACUCUGCUGCUGGCUGAUGGAGCUAUCCACGCCUCCAGAACCCUCCACUCUCGCCUGCUGUCCAACAUCCUCAGAGCGCCCAUGCUGUUCUUCGACACCACGCCGUCCGGAAGAGUCGUCAACCGAUUCGCCAAGGACAUGUUCACUGUGGACGAGCUGAUCCCCACAGCGCUGCGCUCAGUCAUCCUCAAACUGCUGGAACUUCUGGCCACUCUAGUCCUGAUCUGUCUGGCGGUUCCUCUGUUCACGGCCGUGGUCGUCCCUCUCAUUAUAAUCUACCACUUUGUAGAGAGGUUCUACCUGACGACAUCGAGGCAGCUGAGGCGUCUGGACUCGGUGUCUCGCUCACCCAUCUACUCUCUGUUUGGAGAGACCGUCUCGGGUCUGUCGGUUAUUCGAGCUUUCGGACACCAGGAGCGCUUCCUGCAGCAGAACAGGACCACCAUCGACAACAACCUCAAAUGCGUCUGCCAGCUGAUCGUCUCCAACAGGUGGAUGGCUAUCCGGUUGGAGCUCCUGGGUAAUCUGGUGGUGUUUUUCUCGGCGUUAUUUGCUGUGAUUUCUCGGGAUUCUCUGGACAGUGGACUCGUGGGACUCUCCAUCUCCUACGCUUUAAACGUCACUCUGACUCUGAACGCUCUGGUUCGGAUGACGUCUCAGCUGGAGACUCACGUCGUCUCGGUGGAGAGAGUGAAGGAGUACGCCGAGAUCCCAAACGAGGCCGCCUGGACGAGCGAGAGACGCCCCGCAGAGGACUGGCCGAGCGAGGGGACGAUCCGGUUUCAGGACUAUAAGGUCCGGUACCGACCGCAGCUGGACCUGGUGCUGCACGGGAUCACCUGCCACAUCCACAGCAAGGAGAAGAUUGGAAUUGUGGGUAGAACUGGAGCAGGAAAGUCCAGCCUGACCAACUGUCUGUUCCGGAUUAUUGAAGCAGCCGAUGGACGAAUCCUGAUAGACGGGGAGAACAUCGCCAGCAUGGGUCUCCACGACCUCAGGAGCAGACUCACCAUCAUUCCACAGGACCCAGUGCUGUUCUCAGGAUCUCUGCGGAUGAAUCUGGACCCGUUUGAGAAGUUCAGUGAUGAGGACAUCUGGAAGGUUCUGGAUUUGGCUCAUCUGAAGGAGUAUGUUAAUAGUCUGGCAGCAGGACUUCAGCACGAGAUCGCCGAGGGAGGAGAAAAUCUCAGUGUUGGUCAGAGGCAGCUCCUGUGUUUGGCUCGGGCUCUUCUCCGUAAAUCUAAGAUCCUGAUUCUGGACGAGGCCACGGCCGCCGUGGAUCUGGAGACGGACGACCUGAUCCAGACCACCAUCCGCCGAGAGUUCUCCCACUGCACCGUGCUCACCAUCGCCCACCGCAUCAACACCAUCCUGGAUAGCUCACGGGUGAUGGUUCUGGACGCAGGGAGGAUAGUGGAGUUCGGUCCUCCGGAUGUUCUCCUGCAGAAGAGAGGACACUUUUAUGCUCUAGCAAAGGAUGCUGGGAUCUGUAAGACUGAAACAACGGCACUUUGACCUUAAUUUAGCUUUAGCAUCUCAGAAAUUUUACUCACUAUGGGAUGGAUAAGUGCUUACGGGUCAUUUAUAAAAUAUAUAAAAAUUACUGUGCCUUUUAGAACUCAAAACUCUUGAUUUUAUUAUUUUAUUAAAUUUUAUUUGGACAGUUUACCAUAUUUAUUUAAGAUUUAAGACUUUAGAAUGAUUAUUUUUCAGCUUAAUUACUCUUUAUUUUUACUUUUUAUUUACUUAUCAUGCAUGCGUCCACCUUAUCUUGACAAGCUUCAUAAAAAGUUGGACAGUUUUAGUUAAAAUUGGCAUUUGAACGAUGAAAAAAUUGCCGAUCUGGAGUUAUAGGCAUGUUAUUGAUCUUUUUUGAACAAUAUAUUUUUCUAAAUACAUUUCUAAUACAUUUUCUAAAAUUAUUACUUUAAUUACAGUGAUAUUUUACUGCGACAUGGUGGACUAAAUCUUAAAAUUGACUUUUUUUAAGCUCAGUAUGUUCAUGAAUGUUCAGUAAGUUCUUUAUACACAUAAAUAAGUCUUUGUUCAUACUAGUUUUAAUCCCCUUUCAGAAUGAACCGUUUAAGGGCUCUGUCACUUUUAUGCAAAUAAGCUGUUUCCAGCCACGCCCAUGUUUACACUAAGCAUUUACCUACCGUGCAUUAGUUUUAGCUUGUGCUAAAUGGCAAAAUAAAAACAAGCUAGUUUUUCUUUAACUAUGAAAGAAGCACAAAACCUCACGGACAGUAGGUAUAGAUCCCUCCCUCAGAAGAAGUCUGCUGGCUAAUCCUGCUGUGUACCGUCUGAGGAUACAUUUCUUCUACAGAUCUAGUGGGUGGGGCUCAGGUCGGGGUUGAAAGGUGAGGGGCGGAGCCAGGGUGCUUCUAUGGAGGUUUCCUUUUUGUGAUGUCACAAUAAGGGAGGGGCAUGCAAAUGAUUUGUGUUUGAAAUAGCUAAAUUGAAAUAAUUAAAAAUUUAAAUGCCUAAAUUGUUUUAUAAAACUACUUUUAACUACUAUAAAGAAUUAUUCAUUAAUAAUGUGUUCAUUUCUAUCUGUGCUGCAUAUUGAUAUUGAUCUUUAUAAUAAUGAGAUUUUUAUUUUUUAUAGUAUUAAUAAAUUUGAUAUAUUGUCAUAUUUUGUUUUUAUUUUGUUUUACAAUUAUUUUAGAUCAUUUCAAUGAAAAAUGAAUGUUUGUGGUAUAAAAUGCUAGUUUUGGGUAGUGUACUUCCUGGUGAGAGAAACACUUUUUUUAUAAGAAUGGACCAAUAAAAAUGCUGUAAAAUCACGUUAAAAUAAAAUCAGUUAAUUUUAAGAUGACCGUUUUAACCAA